CAACACCAUUCCUCGUCACGAUGUCACUUGUCAGUGCUAACGAAUGUGUAGGAGUUCUCAACGAUUCAAGUUGGGUGGAUUGUCAAAACUCCAUCUCUUCAGACUUAAAGCAUAAAUCAGCAGCAUGGCUGAGCUAGCUGAGGACGUGGAUGAUUUUAUCCGCCCCGAGUCUGUCCCGUCAACAGCGACCACACCUACAGUUGAACAAGCAGAUCACGAUGAUGAUGGUGACGCAUCGCAGCGGAAAGCAAGCAAAACCACGCCGGGAUCAUCGUCGGCUUCAACCACACGAAAUGCAUUCACCGAGCUGAUGAAACCCAAAAAGCCCCACCAACCCGCCGCAUUCAAACCUUCCCAGUCCCUAGCCAGCAAAGCUUCGCAGGUCAUCCGCGGCGUGUGGCGCGGCGCCCUCAUCGAGUACAUCACCAACCCGGAGCGAUUUCCGACGCAGGUGCUUCGGGUGACGGAGCACACGGUGUUGAUCAAGGACGCCUUCCCCAAGGCCACCAUCCACCUGCUCCUGCUGCCCCGGUCGCCCGAGCACUACCUGCUGCACCCGCACGCCGCGCUCGCCGACGAGGCCUUCCUCGCCGUGGUGCGCAACGAGGCGGCGGUCGCGGCAAGGCUGGCAGCGGCCGAGCUGGCGCGGCAGCUAGGGUCUUUCUCGGCGAGCAUGAAGGCGAGGAACGAGGCGAUGGAUAGGGGGGUUCCCUUUGACGAGCUGCCCCCUGGUCGGGACUAUGGCAAGGAAAUUAAGGUUGGGGUGCAUGCCCAUCCGUCGAUGGCGCAUUUGCAUGUUCAUGUCAUUUCGAGGGAUAUGCACUCGGACCGGGUCAGGCAUAGGAAGCAUUAUAAUAGCUUUAAUACGCCCUUCUUUGUGCCGCUGGCGGAUUAUCCGCUGAAGGAGGGUGACGUGCGGCUGGAGACGGCGUAUCAAAAUGGGAAUUUGGCGAAGGAUUUGGUUUGCUGGCGAUGUGGAAAGGUGUUUGGGAAUCGGUUUGCUGAGCUCAAGAAGCACCUGGACGAGGAGUUUGAGGAGUGGAAGAGGGAGUGAUGGCACAUGGGUCAUGGGGUAAUGGUCGCUCAACAUGUCUGGGGUUGACGAGGGGAGCGAAGACUGCUGGCUGCAUACCUUACGGGCGUUGGAGGUAUUGAAUUUGGUAGCACCUGGGCGCUUUACCGUUCUACUAUAGAUGUCGCAUCCCCGAUUUUCGUUAAUGAUUUUGGGGCAUGUACGGGCAUCGCCACUGCCCUGAACCAUCAUCUAGGUGUGGUUGUGGUACUAGUAGUUUCUACAGCGAAAUAAUCAUUGAUACUCGGCCACCUGACAAU